AUGGCUACACCAAUACUAGAUGACAUUAAAAUUGUACAGUUGAAACCAGUAAAGAAGAUUCUACACACCAUUUCGAACAAUGAUGAACAAGAAAUUACAGCUUUAAAAGUGACACCCGAUGGAAAAUAUUUGAUUUUUGUUUCACAAGCGCAAUUAUUGAAAAUAGUCAAUGUUAGUACCGGUAAGAUUAUUAAAUCGAUGAAAGUUUCGUCUCCUUCUUACAUUAUCGAUUGUGAUAAAACAUCUACUUUGGUGACAAUUGGUGGUACUGACGGUAGCGUCGUAGUUAUUGACAUUGAAAAUGGGUACAUUACACACUCUUUAAAAGGUCAUGGUGGUACCAUAUCAAGUUUGAAAUUUUUUGGUGAGUUGAACAGUAAUAUCUGGUUACUAUGUUCCGGUGACACAAAUGGUAUGGUUAAGAUUUGGGAUCUAGUGAAGAGAAAAUGUAUACAUACUGUACAAGAACAUACCUCACCUGUCAGAGGUGUUGAUAUCGUUGAAAGUGAAAAUGAUACCGACGUCUUACAACUUGUUACUGGUGGGAGAGAUAAUAUUGUAAACUUCUGGGAAUUCAAUUUAAAGAAAAAAUGCACAUUAGUAAAAACCAUACCGGCUCAUCAACAAAUCGAAUCAAGUGGAUUCAUCAAUCACGACUUUAUUUAUACUGCAGGUAGUGAUGCAGUUUUCCAAGUCAUAUCAUUAAAAAAUGGUCAAGUAAUAAAAAGAACCAGAAAACCGAUCGAAGAACUAUUUAUUAUUGGUGUCCUACCGAUUUUGAAUGGAACUGAAUAUUACUUAGUUAUGUCAGACCAAUCAUUAAAUUUGAUUGAUGUACAAGGGGCAUUGGAAGAAGAAGAAGACGAGCUAAUCAGUUCGAAGUCUUGUAUUGCCGGUAAUCAUGGGAUCAUUGCAGAUAUGACAUUUGUUGGCCCAGAUUUGAAACACCUAGCUUUGGCGACCAAUUCACCAACACUAAGAUUGAUACCCGUUCCAAAUACCAAUAAGAGUGAUGGGAAUGAAGAUGAGUCCUUUUUACCAAUCGACGUAGAUAUGUAUGAAGGCCAUGAAGAUCUACUAAAUGCCAUUGAUUCCACAGAAGACGGGCUAUGGAUCGCUACUGCCUCCAAGGACCACUCGGCGAUAGUUUGGAAGUACAACACCAUUAAACAAAAAUUUACUCAAUACGCAAGAUUUUCAGGCCAUUCAUCAUCUGUUACAGCGGUUGGAUUACCAAAUGUCAUGCCAAAAUCAUAUCCUGAAUAUUUACUUACAGCAUCUAAUGAUUUAACUAUCAAAAAGUGGAAGAUACCAAAACCUUCAGCAGGAGAUGAAGAAGUAGAAUUUCAUGAUGUUAAAAUAUCCGAGUAUACACGUCGUGCCCAUGAAAAGGACAUUAACGCGCUAUCGAUAUCCCCAAAUGAUUCAAUUUUUGCUACUGCCUCUUACGAUAAGACUUGCAAAAUAUGGGACUUAGAAACUGGUGAAUCAGUAGCAACUUUAUCAAAUCAUAAACGUGGUUUAUGGGACGUCUCAUUUUGUCAAUUUGAUAAAAUUAUUGCUACCUGUUCGGGUGAUAAGACUAUAAAAAUCUGGUCUUUAGAUACUUUCAGUGUCAUUAAAACAUUAGAAGGUCAUACAAAUGCUGUUCAGAAAUGUUCAUUUAUCAAUAAACAAAACCAGCUCGUUAGUACUGGUGCAGAUGGUUUGAUUAAAAUUUGGGAUAUAUCAAAUGGUGAAUGCAUAAGUACUCUAGAUGGUCACAAUAAUAGAAUAUGGGCAUUGUGUGUUCAAAAUGACGGUGACUUAAUUGUCAGUGCAGAUGCAGAUGGUGUGUUCCAGUUUUGGAGGGACUGUACAGAUGAACAGAGGGAGGAAGAUAUGGCAAAGGAAAAGGAAAGAAUUGAACAGGAACAAUCCUUACAAAAUUAUUUGAACGAAAGGGACUGGACCAAUGCAUUCUUAUUAGCCAUCAGUUUGGAUCAUCCAAUGAGACUCUUCAACGUUCUUAGAGAAUCUUUAUCUACAAAACACGAGGCUGACAAAGAAUCUAUAUUCAACAAGGAAUUGGACCACGUUAUUUCUACAUUAGAUGACAAGCAACUGUAUCUACUGAUGAAAAGAUGCAGGGAUUGGAACACAAACGCACGUACACAUAACGUUGCCCAGAGAACGCUCAGAUGCAUUCUACAAAAGCAUAACAUAACGAAACUGAGUGAAAUACCAGGUGUCAUUCAAUUGAUUGACGGUAUUAUUCCAUAUACACAGAAGCAUUUUACAAGAGUCGACAAUUUGGUCGAACAGAGUUAUAUAUUAGACUAUGCAUUGGUAGAGAUGGAUAGACUGCUGUAA